AUGCUAAAACGUCAUGAUGGCAAAGAGAGUGAUGGCAAAAUGAGUUUUCAUGGUUUGAAUGGUUUGCAUGCUUCUACUUUUCCAGUUUAUUCUGCCUUCAAAUCUAACAUGUCUGGUAAAACAAAAGGCAUUAAUGUUAUUAUUGAUUCUAAGGUUAAGAAAGAAGUUGAAGGUAACCGGGCUAAAUUAAGUUCAAUUACCGAUACGGUCUUAACAUGUGGUCGUUUGGGCUUAGCCUUUAGAGGUCAUCGUGAUGAUGGGCACUAUCAUCCUGAAACUGGUAAUUUUUCUGCAGGUGGUGUUGGGAAUUUUGUUGAACUUCUUAAUUUUAGAGUGCGUGCUGGGGACAAGGUGUUAGAGGACCAUCUGAAUUCAUGUGGUAGGAAUCAGACGUAUAUUUCUAAAACUUCCCAGAACAAGCUUAUUAAAUGCUGUGGUGAAGUAAUAACAGAUAAAAUCAUUUCUGACUUAAAAGCAAGCAGGUUCUACUCUGUAAUUGCUGAUGAGGCUCGAGACAUCUCAAAUACUGAACAGAUGUCUCUUGUUUUGCGUUUUAUCGACCAAAAUAUGGAUAUUAGGGAGGAGUUUGUUGGAUUUCUUCCUUGUAAAUGGGGCUUAAAAGGUGAGCAGCUUGCUAAGGUUGUUCUUGAUGCUUUAGGCAACCUUGGUCUUUCUAUUGCUGAUUGUAGAGGACAGGGAUAUGAUGGGGCAGGUGCUGUUGCUGGUCAUAUUAAUGGGAUGGCUGCUCAUUUGCGUCGUUUGAAUGAUAAGGCUCUUUUUACCCAUUGCUACAGCCACAGAUUAAAUUUAGCGAUUUGUGAGUCUAUUAAUAUAAUGGAUGUAAAAUCGAUGCUCAAUAGAGUUAAAAAAGUUUCUGAUUUUUUUAAUAUUUCCCCUACACGACAAAUACCUUUAGAAAAGAAUAUUGACCUUCAUGGUUCUUUAUCAGCCGGUAGGAAAAAGAAAUUAAUAGAUGUGUGUCGAACUAGGUGGGUUGAGAGAAUCGACGGCUUAGAUACUUUCCAGCAGCUUCUUAUUCCUGUUUUUAAAACGUUGAGAGAAAUGAAGAAAAAUGUAGAUAAAGAUCACAGUCUCAAUGUUUCUUCGGAUGCCUCUGAACUUCUUGAUCUUUUGAAAAAGUUUGAUUUUGUUGUUGCCCUGGUUAUUUGUAGAAAUGUGUUUGAUUCUACAAUUGGUGUUACUCAGCUUCUUCAAGGGAAGAGUAUUGACAUUAUGGAUGGUUUACAUCUUAUUACAUCGUUGAAAACGUUUGUUGUUAAUGUUAGAAUUCCAUUGAUAAGUAUCACGAUACAUGGUAUGAAGAGUCUCUCACUGGCUCGAGAAUUAGAUAUUGAUGAAGCAAAGCCAAGGACAGUGGGAAGACAGACAACACGAGCUAAUGUCCCCUAUAAAACUACAUCUGAGUACUAUAAAAGAAUUUUUUCUAUUCCACUUGUUGACCACCUAAACUCUGCGUUGAAAGCUCGUUUCAAUACUGAUAGCGUUAAUGUGUACAAUGGGCUUAGCAUUGUACCAUAUAAAAUGAUUUCUCUUCUUAACAAUGGCAUGAAUUGGAAAGAAAAAUUCAAAGUUGUUUCCAAUUUUUAUCACGAUGACCUACCCAAUCCAUUGGCUUUGGACUCAGAGAUUUUGCUUUGGGAAACUUAUUGGGUUGAUUACGAAGGAACCAUUCCAGACUCAAUUUCAGCAACUUUAAAAGCUUUAAAAUUUGAAGGCUUUGAAAACAUCAAAAUUAUUCUUCGUAUUCUUGGAACCCUUACUAUCACAUCUUGCGAAUGCGAACGCUCUUUCUCAGUUUAG